CCCCCUCCCAUGUUAUGAAAGCAGGGCAGUCUACACAUGAUCGGAGUCCUCCGGCUGAAAGGCUCGAGUCGGAAGCUGAUCCACUAUGCUUCGUGUCACCACUGCCUCCCUGUGCUCCUACUGCCAGAGGAUAAGGCUGCUCGUCCCUAACUCUGCCUCGGCCUUCACAGUGACAUCCCCCAACAAAAAACCUGAGAACCAGCUCACCGUGGACUCCCUCUACAAGCUGUCGGUGGACAUCCGGAAGGUGCGCAAGUUCAAAGCCUGGGUUCUGUCUGAGAACUCUUCGUAUGUGUCUGAAACGGCUGACGUGUUGAGGGACAUGGGGGCGGACACAGCAGUGAUCGCUCUCAUCCUGGAGACCCACCCUGAGGCGGUCCUCUGUCGGCCCGAGGACGUGGCCGCUCAGCGGGACCUCUGGGUGUCCGUGUGCCCCAACAAGCGUGAACUCAUGAGGAUCAUCGAGAAGUUCCCGGCCUCCUUCUUCACAUUGACUCACUAUAGCAACCAGCGGGACAACAUCCUCUACCUCCAGAGCCUGCGCCUCAGCAACAGGAUCAUCGGAAAGCUGAUGGCCAGCGCCCCGCAGAGCUUCAGUCGCCCCGUGGUGCUGAACAAGGAGGUCAUCCACACGCUGAGGGAGACCUACCUGGACCUGGGCGGAGAUGAAGGCAACCUGCGCAUCUGGCUGCAGAAACUCCUCAGCCAGAACCCGUUCAUCCUGCUGCGGCCGGCUGAAGCCUGGAGGGACAGCCUGGGCUUCCUGAGGGAGCAGGGCUUCUCCACGGAGGAGCUACUCGGCCUGGUCUCCAGCCUCCGAGCCUCCAUCGCAGAGCUGCGGCCUGAGUGCAUGCAGCAGGCCCUCGCCUUCAUCGAGGAAGCUCUCGAAUGCUCCAAAGACGAACUCAAGGUAAUUGUGAUCCACUGCCCCGCCAUUUUGUACUACUCUUUACCAACGCUGGUGGCUCGGUUUCACGGACUGAUGGAUGUUGGAGUGAGCAUGGAGCAGGUGAAGGAAUCUCCAAACGUCCUGGAGCUCACCACUCAAAUCGUGCUUUAUCGCAUCCAGAAGCUGGCGUCCUACGGGUACGACGUGCGCUCCGGCAGCCUGGACGUUGUCGUGGGAACCAAGAAGGACUUUGAGAUGAGUUAUGGAAAGCUGCAGCUCAGGCAGCAGAGGCCGCUCUUCAACCCUGCAGCUCCUCUCAGAUCUGCUGAGGACUGAAUGACAGAAUGUAUCGAUAUGCUGCCAUUGCACAGUAUGAGGAAAAUAUGCAAAUAGUUGUUGAAUAUCGUGAUAACGAUUUUACUUGUGAUUAGAAAAAAGAGAAGUAUGCUCUGUUCUGGUGCUUUCAGUAUACUUAAGUAAAACGUAUAAAUGCAAGUACAUUAUUGUUUUAUUGAACAAAUUGAACUGCACCAAAAAGAAGAAUGAUAGCUACAUUUUAAAGUGCAAUUUUCUACUGAAACUACUCUGUGUAGAUGUACGUUGAUGUCAUGGUGAUGACUAAAAAAUAGACACUGAUUUUAGUGGGAAAAUGUUAUUUGAUGCUGAUUUUGGGAGGGGUUUACAAAUUCAUCAUUCUUGCAAGACACAAUAAAGAGGGAGGCAGGUUCAAGUAAAAAACAAACCUUUAGCAAUACAGUUGUUUCUGUUGAGAACAGCUUUAUUGUGAAACUAAUGCCUCUCUGCCUGUGGCCUUCAUUAUGCUGAGUGAAGAUAUGACACUUUCAACUACAGAAAACCACCAAGUACUGUAUCUUCUGUGACAACUGUUGGAAUAGUGAAGCAUGGAAAUGAGUGCCAUCCUUGUUAAUCAAGAUGUACUACUGUACUUACAAAAUGUUUGUGGUUACUUACCAUGUGCAAUAAAUGGCACAUUUAACUAUG